AUGUCAGCCACCACGACCGCGCAAGAAGCAGCCAACCGCCAAUGGCAGCGUCAACACUUCCGCGACGACCCUGCUGUGGCCGCUAAUCGUGCUGCUGGCAUCCCAAACACGGGGAAGACCAAGGUCAUUUGCCGCCAGCAUCUCCAAGUGCGAAUCCAAGAAGACCGGCUGGCGGAUCUCGCGAACGGUCUCCCUCAACGCUCGGAGGACGAUCUCCUUCCUAUUUAUUUCGCCACUGACGCCAAAGCUCAAGAUCGGAUGUGGAUGCAAGAACGCCCCGACACACUUCUUAAUCACCUCUCCAAGGACGAUCUCGAGCAGCGCAAGGCCAAGCCGAAGGGCAAAUCGACGGCCCCGACCAGCACGUCCGGCGCACACAUCCUCAUGCCAUUUCCCUCGACUUCCUCCAACGAUCCAGCCUACAACAGCCUUGCUCUUGCUGGCCAGACAGCGUUCCAAUACGCUGGGAUGGGCUUGGAUAGCGGCACGGUCUCCUUCCCAUCCAGUUUCGAUGCGACAAUCGGAUCGAGUACAAGUUUCGCGUUCAACGGGAUCCCAUUCGAACAUCGCCCUCGUCGCGCCUCCUCCCCGUCCCUCGUUCCUGGCGACUCGAUCUCCGAGGCUGGCACUGUGCCGGGCCUGUCGCGUCAGCCGUCAUUCCAUGGCUCGGACACUUCCAACAAACGAGCACCGCCAAUGCAGCAGCAAUUCGAGUAUCGCAUUGCGCGUCUUACGGCGUCUGGCGGCUUGCCGCUUUCGUGGAUCGAGAACCCGGAAGCGCUCGCACUAUUCGCGCUAUUUGUUCCGGGGGCCGUUGUGCCAUCGCGAGCCGUUCUGACGCGCCGUCUUAUCCCGGCCGUCUUGAAGGAGCUCCAAGACGAGGUUAAGAAGCGUGUACGAGGGUCGAUGGGCACUCUGCAAGCAGAUGGAUGGACGGGAAUUGAUUUCCACCAUCUUAUUGCGUUCAUGCUGGCAGCGGCGGGUCAUAUCAACACCGUCGACGUUUACGACGUCUCUGACGAGCGGAAGACGGCAGUUAACUUCCUUCGACUCAUGAUGGAGGUUCUGGAGAAGGUGGAUAAGGGCUUCCUGAAAUGGAGCAAGGAAAUCACCGACCUCAUCGGAUGGCUCCGGAGCAAGACAUUCGUCUUGGCUCUUCUCCGCGAGCUACAGCGAUCGUCCAAUCUCCCCGUUCUCGCAAUUAUCCGCGCGGUUUUGACGCGAUGGACCUCCCACUACCUCGCAUACACUCGCCUAAUUGCUGUAGGCCCGCCUCUCCGAGCACUGGUUGCCCGAGAAGACCUGCGCGGCACGGAUAACCAGCUCAUCACCGGCGACAGCAAAGCGAAGAAGAAGGCCCAGAAAAUGGUCGCGUUGAUCAAGAACCCACAGUUAUGGGCUGCUCUCGAAAGAAUGCGAACCCACCUCUCUCCGCUCGCACUAUGCGCCAACAUGACCCAAACGGCGUUCUGCCGCCUCGACCAGGACCCCGAGGACCAAUUCGUGCGAGCCGCCGUCCUCGCUAGUGUCGAGCGGCGGUGGGGAAAAUGCGACCAAGACGUUUUCCUUGCGGCUGCAAUCGCCAAUCCAUUCCUCGACCUCAACGACUUCAUGCCUCUCCCCAUCCUAACGCGCGGCGCAAUCUUCACUCUCUGGUCCCGCCUCCAUCUUCGAUUCGAGAAGAAGGAAGCUGAUCCCGCCACCCUUCUCGCCAACAUCAAUGACUUCUUCAACAAAACCGGCAGCUUUGACACCCUCCCGAAGCUCAUUCCGGCCAUGCGAGCAGCUGCUCUCCGAGAGAAAUGCAUCCCGGACCCGCUUGCGCUAUUCGGAAUGCUCUCCUUCCCCGGCCGCGAUAUUCCCGACUCGCCGUUUAUGGCCGUCACGAAACGCGCCCUCAACAUCACGGCCAACUCUGCUUCGUGCGAGCGCCUCUUCAGCGUUUUUGGUGCCAUACUCACCAAGACCCGAAACCGACUCGGCAAGGAGACGUUGCGCAACCUCGCUGAACUAAAGAUGCUCAUCCGCGACGAGCAUCUGCGGAACGGCGAUGUCAAGCCGCGAUUGAAACGCAAGUUUGAGCAAGCAACACCCGACGCUCAAGCUCCUUUGCCUUCCACCAUCAUCGCGAGCACCGACGCGAGCACCGAGCCGGAUUCGGAGAUGGAGCUCGAUUCCUCUGCGGAAGACCCGGCAACAGCUUCAUUGUCAACUUCGUCUUCUUCGGAGUUCCAUUCGCUGGCCGAGCAGCUUACGCCGCAUGGUCGCUGA